AUGCUAUAGAAGUAAUCCUAUUUGUCGUGGAACACACUCCUACAGUAUUCUAAUUCUGAGAAGGAAGGAGAAUUUGCAACAGCAGAAAUACUUGGAACAUCUGAAAUAUUCAGGAGCAAGAAUUAGUGUGGAAGAGACAAAGUGCUGGAAAGAUGGUGACUCCAACAGCUGUGCUCCCAGCUACAGUUUCUUGGCUGGGGACCCAGGUCUCAUCCUGCUGGAACAACAUCACAGCAACGCUUACCUGUCUCCUGCUGCUGCUCCUGGUGUUUGAUUAUAUGAUAUUCAGGAAGAGAAGCAGCCACUUUCCACCAGGACCUUCCCCUCUACCUUUCCUUGGAAACUUGCUGCUGUUUGAUUUCAGAAACCCAUAUACUACUUUCCAAAAUUUGACAAAAAGGUAUGGAGCAACCUUCUCAAUCCAGGUUGGAUGGCAGAGUUAUGUCAUACUGAAUGGAUUCAAAAUGAUAAAGGAAGCAAUGGGACAGAAAGCUGAGGAUUUUGCUGACCGACCACAAGCACCACUACUGAAGAAAGCAGGUUUUUCAAAAAAUUGUGAAGGCAUACUCAUGGCAACACACAGCAAUGGCUGGAAGGAGCAAAGACGAUUCUGUGUUUCCACCCUGAAAAACUUUGGAAUGGGAAAGAAAAAUCUUGAAAAGAAGAUGUCCGAAGAAGCCAGAUAUUUGUGCUCUGAGUUCAAAUCACAAGAAGGACUUCCCUUUAACCCGCAAAACCUUUUAAACAAUGCAGUUGGCAAUAUUAUCUGCACUUUAGUAUUUGGUGACCGAUUUGAAUACAGUGAUACAACAUUCCUGAAGCUAAUGCAUUUGACUCAAGAACUCAUGAAAGCAAUAGCUGAACUCAUGCCCCAGAUAAUGGCUAGAAAAUCCUUGUUGUCCUAUUUGCCAGGACCUCACCAUAAACUUGAGACCUCCUUUAAUGGUCUUUGUGCCAUAAUAAGAGAGAUUGUGGAUGAUCACAAGAACACCAGAGAUCCCACCUUCCAAAGGGAUAUGAUUGAUGCAUUUCUAGAAGAGAUGGAAAAGGCCAAAGGAAAUCUGGACAGCAGUUUUAAUGAGCAGAACCUCAUUAAAAUUAUUCCUGAAUGGUUUGGAGCAGGCACUGAAACGACUUCUUCCACCAUACUCUGGGGGCUGCUGGAAAUGGUCCUUCAUCCUGAGAUUCAGGAAAAAGUCCAUGAAGAAAUUGAGAAAGUUCUUGGCAAGGACAAAGCACCCAUGAUGGAGGAUCAAGCAAAGCUGCCUUACACUAAUGCUGUCAUCCAUGAAAUCCAGCGUUAUGCUGAUAUUGUACCCGUGACAUUACCUUAUAUAACAUACCAAGAUACUGAAGUUGGCAAAUUUGUCAUCCCUAAGGAGACUAUAGUCUUCAAUCACUUGUCUUCGGUGUUGAAAGAUGAAGCCAUGUGGGAGAAGCCAUACCAGUUUUACCCUGAGCACUUCCUGGAUGCCAAUGGACAGUUCAUUAAGCGAGAGGCCUUCCUGCCUUUCUCUAUAGGUCGCCAUGCCUGCCCUGGAGAGCCAUUGGCUAAAAUGGAGCUCUUCAUCUUCUUCACCAGCCUCCUGCAGCAUUUCACUUUCUGCAUACCUGAGAACCAUCCCAGGCCCAAAGAAGACAGGCUCUUUGCCCUCACAGUCACUCCAGCCCCUUUCCAGAUCUGUGCCAUCCCCAGAUAAUAUCUCAAAUAUCUGCUGCUGCCAAAUCUGUGAUGACCUAAAUUUUUAACUUGCCAGGACAGAAUUUGUGGAAACUUUUUGCAUGAUGUUUAUCCUUUUGAUUCCCUGUUUUGAAAGCAAUGUGCCUGUGAAUAAAAUAAAUCCAUUAGGGGUUGGGUUUUUUAA